UUUGACUUGAGUAAGAUAACUUUGCAUCAUUAAAGAUGAAGCCUCAAUUUGAUUAACAGUCUUAGCCCAAUUUCUUACACUGUGAAGCAGAUCUUUGAAUCUGGGUACUUUGGAUUUUUAGCAAAAUUUGGGUACAUGGACAAACAGUCUUGAGUGAUGUUGCUUAAGUCUAAAACUCCAAUUUUGACCCCAGAACUUGAAAUGGUCUGAGUAGAGCUGUUUUCUCUCUCUCUCUCUCUCUCUCUCCUUUAAAUUCUUCAAGGGUAGGAUUUGUAUAGAAUGGCUCAUAGUUCUGAGCAAAGGUUUUGGUGUCAGGGUGUUUUAAGGUUUGGUUUUGCUUUUGUUUGUGUGUGUCUGGUUGGUUACAUUGUUGGUCCAACUCUGUUCUGGCGUUUGAAGGAGAAGUCAACAGCUCAGGCAUCAUGUCCUUCUUGUGUUUGCGAGUGCUCUUUGGAGACAGACUUUCUCUUACUACCAGGAUUAGUCAACAGCACAUACUCAGAUUGUGGUAAAAAUGAUCCAGAUGUAAAUGAAGAACUAGAGAAGGAUAUUGUUGCUUUACUGUCUGAGGAGAUUAAUUUACAGAAGAUAGUAAGCAAUGAUACCCUGAAGCACACCUGGGCACUAACAAUUGACACCAAAAGAGCCUCCUCACAUUACCAGAAAGAAGCAGAAAAAUGCAAUGCAGGAGUGGGGACUUGUGAGGAAUCCAGGGAAAAGGCUGAAGCAGAACUAAGAGAGGAGCGUAAGCUUACAGCCUUGUGGCAGAAAAGAGCCCAUGAACUUGGGUGGAAAGAUAGCAAAAGGGUAGAUACAUGAGUGUGGAUAUAUAUUCUUUUGAGUUAGGCUUUUAAUUAGAAAUGUUUCCUCUUGUGCUUGUAAAAAAAGUAGAAUUAUGGCUUUUCCAAUAGCCAUAUGAUUUUAGAACUGUUUGAAUAUUUAAGCAAACUAGAGCAAUGGAAACAAUUUGGAUGUUUUCCA